AUGCAGGUCAUGAAAUACUGUUUGGCAAGCGUGCUGGCUCCUCUGAAUUACGACAGCGAGGAGAAGGGGCUGGUGGCUUCGUGCAUUGGAUCUCAUGGCAAGUACCGUUCUGUCUUCGGAUAUGAUCACGAGCAGCUCUCCAAGGUCUGGCUUCACAAACACGCGAAGCCUCUGCAAGAGCUCAUCAAGAUGUUCGCGGACAGCGGGGAGCUGGUGCAUGGCAUCGACUACGACGGCCCCAUCAAGAACGCGGUUCGCUUCAACAGCUCCAUGGAGGAGCUGUUCGACAGGACGGAGAUCAAAGAAGUGUUGACCAGACUGAUCGAGCAAUCGCACAGCCAUCUCGGUACUGUUCCGGAGUCGGCUCGCCGGGCGCCAGUGGAAGUCACCGAUGACGCAGAGAACCAUUCCAUCGCGCUCGGCUUCGCCAUGAAGAAGGGGGGCCCAGGUAGCCUCUCGGACCGCCUUGGUGAGCAGACAGCCAGCAUGAGGGAUGUGCUCGAGAAGAAAUGGAAGAUCUUCGAGAAAUUGGCUUGCUUGUCAGAGGAUGCUAAGCACACGCUCGAGACCAUCGAGACCGCUGCCCGUCAGAAAGUUUCGGACCACGUUGCCAUCAUCGUGGAAGGCAGCACGAGCCAAGCUAUGGGCAAUCUCAUCAGCAAUACUUUCGUUGGGGGGCUCAGGGGAGACGAUCACAAGAAAGUGCUCAUUAUUUAUGAUAACAAGCAGGCGGGCGAAUCCAUGACAGCUCCCCACAUUCGCAUGCCAUCGUUCAAGUCAGAUCGGCUGAAAAAGAUGAUGAUUUUGCCUGUGGCUGUUCCGCCUGACUAG